AUGAAGCCCGUCCAUACGCGCAUCUACGCGGCUCUUCCUCGCGUCGCGCCUGCCCCCGCCUGCGCGCCGUCCUCCUCGCGCGUACGCUCUAACUCCGCCUCCUCAGCCCGCUCACUCUUCACUGUCCCCUCCUCGCACGGGCCCCUCCCCUUCUUCGACUCGCCGCCCGCCCCAUCGCGCCCAGGUAGCUCCCACUUACCUCUCACACGUUUUGUCGCCGAAGUCAAGGCCGAGCUCGAGGGCCACACAGAUGUCUCGCACCCUCAAUCACAUGGCGCACCCCCGCCGUACCCGCUUGCGCUCACUUCCGCCCCUUAUGACAGCCCAUCGAACCCGUCCACGCCAUUCAAGCCGUUUUUUCCUUACCAGUCGUUUGUUCCCGCCGCCGGCCCCACUGCCAAGGCGACGGGCGACGCAGCCGUGGAACGGCAAGCGAAGCAACAGCGCACCCGCUACCAUCUCGAUGUAGGCGCGUAUGGGAUCCCCAAGCGGUCGCACGGAGUGUGCGUAGCCGGUCGUGAUGGACACGGCAAACUGGGCCGCAAAGAAUCGUUCUGUGAAAGCAUCGAACCCUUGACUGGUGCAGUACAAGUGGGCGAAGACGCCUACUUUGUGCGCGACAACGCCAUGGGCGUUGCAGAUGGCGUCGGAGGCUGGUCUAAGAUGCGCCGGCAGGGCAAAGGCGUGGAUGCGGAGCCGUCUGCUAGUGCUUUGUUUGCGCGCCGCCUGAUGCACUAUUGCUCAGAGGAAGUAGAUGCCGCGAGCGCCAUUAAUGACGCGAAUUUGUGCUCUAUGGAAGACCUUGAGUCUGAUGAUGUAUAUGCACAGCUCGAAGACUCGCUAGAGGAGCUCGAGGAGGGCCUGGACGUCCUCAUGAUUUUAGAGAGGGCGUAUGAGAAGACCAUUCAAGCUCAUGUCACUAGACCAGAGGUGGCUUCUUCGGAGCCCAUAACCGACACUAGUCUUCACACGACCUCAAAUGGACUGCAUACAUCCAAUGGCGCUGCAAAUACUCAGUCUAAGGCUGACACACCGUCUGCCUCAUGGGCGUCGAUUCUCUCCCCAACCCCAAAGCAGGCGCCAGCCACCACGCCACUACUGGCAGGCUCGUCAACAGCCCUGGUCGCUAUACUGGAACACACGUCUGCACCUCCACCGCCGCGCCGGAAAUCAACGCUGUUUUCACCGCAGCCGCGACAUGUCGAUGAUGCCGUACAAAUGGCUGAUCGCGGCGCCGUCAUCAAAAUUGCACACCUCGGGGACUGCAUGGGCAUGCUCAUCCGCGGCGAAGAGAUUGUCUGGAGAACUGAGGAGAUGUGGUGGAACUUCAACACCCCUGUCCAACUCGGACCCACGUCACCCACACGCCCGCGCGACGCGCACGUUUUCACCAUCCCUGUCGAGGCAGACGACAUACUCAUCCUCGCGAGCGACGGGUUGAGCGAUAACCUCUGGGACGAAGACGUCCUCGACGAGGUUGUGCGUUUCCGGCAGCCCUACCUCGCACAGGGCGGCAUGGCUGCGCAGGGUGUGUUCUGCCAAAGCACGCUCGCGGCGAUGCUUAGCGAGGCGUUAUGCUCGCGCGCCCACUGCGUGGCUGAACAUAAGGCGCGCAAAGGCGCGCCAACGCUUGAGGCAGAGGAGAUCCCAUUUGCGCGACGCGCACGAGAAGAGGGCAGGUCCUUCCAUGGCGGCAAGCCGGACGAUAUCUCCGUUCUUGUCGCUAUCGUCUCCCCCGUUGCUUCCUCGGGCGUCGCAUAGAGCGUUAAUCUUCCCCUAACGGAGAUACGCCUCUUGUAUAUAUAUGCUACUGUUGUCAUCAUAGUCUGCAUGGAAACCCAUCUGCAUCUGUAGUACUCUCAUACUGCAUCUUACUGCAUCUUUGCAAUAUCUUAUUCACUUGGUCGAGGAGAUCUACGAUGUCUCUAACGUGUUGUUCCCGCGUACCUCGCUAGGAGAAACAUCCAAUAGCAAUACAUUCAUUGUACAGAAGU